UCAAAUUCAUCCACAUGUUUAUGACUGCUAUGUUGUGUUGUCAUUAAAGUGACGGUAAUUAAGUUUCGAAAAACUAAAAUACACUUCUUAUAGGGAUUUCAAUUCCUAUAAGGAAUUAAUGUGUGCAAACUUAAACUGUGAUAUGUCUAGUUAUUAUUAAGUAUUUUGUGGUUAAGAUAAUUGUUUCACUUCAAAAUGAAUUUUAACAUCCACUUUUGCUCAUUAGCGUUUGUAUUAAUCUAUACAAUAAGUGCAGUGUUGGCUGGUAGGGAUUUUUAUAAAAUUUUGAACGUGCCGAAGUCUGCUACCCUACACGAGAUCAAAAAAGCAUAUAGAAGACAAGCCAAAGAAUUACAUCCUGAUAAAAAUAAAGAUGAUCCAGACGCUUCGAGAAAGUUUCAAGAUUUGGGAGCCGCUUAUGAAGUCUUGUCUGAUGAAGAGAAAAGGAAAAAAUACGAUAGAUGUGGGGAAGAUUGUCUUCAGAGAGAUGGUAUGAUGAAUGGUGGAAUGGAUCCUUUUUCUAGUUUCUUUGGUGAUUUUGGAUUUCAUUUUGGGGGCGGUGAACAAAACAAUGAAACCCCCAGGGGAGCUGAUGUAAGCAUGGAUGUUAUGGUGACAUUGGAAGACCUUUAUUCUGGUAAUUUUAUUGGAAUCACAAGAAAUAAACCUGUGAUGCGUGCUGCAAAGGGAACCAGAAAAUGUAACUGUCGUCAAGAAAUGAUAACUAGGAAUUUAGGUCCUGGUCGUUUCCAAAUGAUGCAACAAACUGUGUGUGAUGAGUGCCCAAAUGUAAGAUUAGUUAAUGAAGAAAGGUCUUUGGAAAUGGAAGUUGAACCAGGAAUGGUAGAUGGUCAAGAAGUUAGGUUUAAUGGUGAAGGAGAACCACACAUAGAUGGAGAUCCUGGUGAUUUAGUACUGAAAAUAAAAACGGAACCACAUCCUGUAUUCGAAAGAAGAGGGGAUGAUUUAUACACCAACAUUACCAUUAGUUUACAAGAUGCUCUGACAGGCUUCACUAUGGAACUCAAACAUCUUGAUGGACAUAUGGUUUCUAUAACUAGGGACAAAAUAACUUGGCCUGGUGCAAGAAUAAGAAAGAAAGGAGAAGGGAUGCCCAAUAACUCAAACAACAAUUUAUAUGGUAUACUAAUUAUUACCGUUGAUGUAGAGUUCCCAAAAACAGAGCUAACUGAUGAACAAAAAGAAGAUAUUAAGAAAAUUUUAAAUCAAGAGUCAAUUAGCAAAGUGUAUAAUGGACUGAGAGGAUUUUGAUGUGAUGUGUAUAGGUGAUCAUCUUUAAUUAGGGCAUAAACUUCUGUGUUCUUAUUUUCGAGUAGAAAAUUUAUUUAUUUCAUUUGGACUUUUGAACUUACUUUGUUGAUUUUUUGUAAGAUAGAUUUAUACUUGUGA